UUGCAGUAGAAGGCUGGUUUGCCGAGACUGAGAGGCGGAGAUGCAGAGACUUCAGCGCCUCACACGGGGUGUUUUCGCGCUGCAAAAUGCUAGUGCACACCAUGCCGCAUUGUUGCAGAGGGCUGCUUUCGCGGCCGAGCAGGUUACGUCGUCGGGCCGUCUCGGUGACACCAUCAUCAUCAGCGCGUGCACCAUCGGCGCUUGUCGCCGCAGCAUAUGGACUCGCGCUCCCCCGGCACCCAAACCUGGCCAAAGCGAUCAGGACGUGACGCCUGAGGAGCGGGCCAGCAUCGCCCUGUACUUCGACGGCACCCCGCCUUCCUCGGACAUCCUUGGCCCCAUUGUGGAGCGCGAGAUACCGGGCAAGGGCCGCGGCCUGGUGGCUGCUCGGGGGCUGGCGGCGGGCGAGCUGGUGAUGGCGGUGCGGCCGCUGGCGGUGCUGCACGGCCCGCAGGACGCCAUGCCCUCCCCCGAGCAGCUGGUGUCCCACCUGCGCGCCGCCUGGCCGCACAUGCCGCCUGCCAGCCGCCGCGCCAUCGCCGCCAUGCACGGAGCCCGCACGCCGGCGGCGGCAGCGGCGGCGGCACCAGCAGCAGCAGCAGCAGCAGCAGCAGCAGCGGCGGCCGGCGGAGGGGGAGGAGGGGUGUCCGGAUCCGGGAGCAGUGGCAGCAGCAGCAGUGCGAGUACGGCGGCGGCAGGAGCUGGCGGCGGCGGAGGUACGGCGGCGGCGGCGGCGGCGGUUGAGGAUGUGGAUCUGAGGUCGGUUGUGUCGUACAACGCGUACGGAGACGAGUACGAGGACCUGGCAGCAGCAGACCUGCGGCGCAAUGGCAGCGGCAGUAGCACCGGCAGCGGCGGCAGUAGCAGCAGCAGUGGUUCUGGGGCUACGGCUGCGGCUUCGGGUGCGGGUGCGGGUGCGGUGGGCGGUGGUGAGGUGCGCAGCCACGUGGGGCUGUGGCCGCACUUCAGCCGCCUCAACCACAGCUGCGCGCCCAACUGUGUGCACUACGUGGUGGCGGGCGACACCAUGAUGGUGCGGGCGGUGCAGCUGGACGAUGUGGCCACGCGGCGGGCGGACCUACACGAGGAUUAUGAGCGCGCGGCACAGGGCCUCCCGCCGCGCGCUGUGGUGCGGCGGGAGGACCUGCCAGCAGCUGCGGCUGCAACGCUUGGCGCCAUUAGGGACACCCUGGCGCGCCUUUGGCAGAAGGCCAUCCCCGAGGGCGCGGAGCUGACGGUGUCGUACCUGGGCCGCGACGACCUGGCGCCGGCGCAGGUACGGCAGGCGGCGCUGGGCGGCAGAUACGGCUUCGCCUGCGGCUGCGGCCGCUGCGCCGCCGAGGCCCGGCUGCCGGAGGAGCUGCGGGCGCUGCUGCUGCAGCUGCACGAGCGGGCCCGCGGCGACCUGGCCCCGCGCUUUGAGCGGCUGCUGGCCGCCACCUCCACCGACCCCGAGGAAUUGCUGAGGGCCGCCGGGGCGGGGGCCGAGGAGGAGGAGGACGAGGUUGAGGCGGCGGCGGAAGGGCAGGGCGCCGGCAGUGGCGGCGUGUCGGCUGCGGCUGUUGCGGCCAGCAGUGGCGGGCUGACGGCGGCGGAGGCGGCCAAGCGGGCGCUGAAGAAGGCCCAGGCUGCGGCGCAGCGCCCUCCGGAGCAGUGGCCGGCGCUGCUGGCGGCCCUGGAGCCGCGGCUGGAGGAGGCGGCGCGGCAGCUGCACACGGCACUGCGGGAGCUGCAAGAGGAUGACGAGGCAGUGGACGAGAAGGACACACGCGAAGCCGAGGCGGGCGGCAGUGGCGGCAGUGGUGUGUUGGAGGCCCGGCCGCCCAUGACCGGGGUGCAGGCGGCGCAGGCCGCCUGCUACCAGCUGCUUGAGCUGCUGCACCUGCACGCCGAGCUGCUGGCCGGAGCCACUGCCGGACCCGGAGGCGCGCCCAGCCCCGCCCGCGCCGCAGCAGCCAACUCCGCCCUGCAGGCGUGCUGGCACGUGCUUGACGCCAUCAGCCGGGGUUCAGAGGUGCAGGUGUUCCAGGCCUGCAAGCUGCUCAAUGACGCCCUGCUGGCAGCCCGUGGCACCACCCGCCGACCCUCCUCCACCCCCGCCUCCUCCGCCUCCUCCUCCGCCUCCUCUGCGCCCGAGCCGGUGCGUGAGGCCGCGGCGCUGCUGGGGCAGUCGCUGCUGGCGCGCUACGGGCGGCUGCGGGGGCCGCACCUGGGCCGCCUGACGCAGGCGGCCCUGCGCACCAGCCGAGAUUUCUUCUGAGGCGCCACGGCGAGCUAGGGGGUGGUGGUGGUGGCGGUGGGGUGCUGCGGCGCUGGGUGGUGGUGGUGGCGGUGGGGUGCUGCAAUGCUGGGUGCUGUGGUGCUGCGGUAGGUGCAUGUGUGUGGGGAGAGGGGUUUGUUAUUGGUGCGUGUGGCAUUGGGGCCAUGGAAGCGGCCAGGAACCACCCCUGGAAGCGGCUGCAGGUGCAGGGAGGGGCGCGCGUGCAACCAGCAGCCGAUUUUGCAGCCGGUGCCAAGAUGCAUGCCUGGUGCGGUUGCAGGAAUGCGGGAUGUGGCCAGGUGGCUUGGGCAGCCAAGGAGAAUGGCUAGUGUUGCCCAGUGCUCUAAAAUCAUAGCUCGGACCUGCUUUUAAAGGACUUUGUGCAGUCGUAUUGCGUAUUGGCCGAGCGGCUCUGAGGGUGCAACGAACAGCGUUGCGGGAAUGCUGAGUGUCUGACGUCUUGACGUCUUUGACGCCCUGAGUGGCUGAGCCG